AUGACGACUAAGACCAUCCAUCAGAACUCGCAAUUCCAGAAGCCCUCUUCUCUACGCUGGACGUGGGAGUCACCCGGUGGAGGGUACCGUAAUGAAAUAGACCACAUCAUCGUCAAUAAAAGGUUCUGCCUGACGAACGUCGUUGUUGUACCAAAGUUCUAUACGAGAUCGGACUAUCACCUCCUUCAGCGAAGAUUUUCCUUCACAAGGAGAGCAGAGAAAGCCGCCAAGUUCAGAGAGAGAAAUCCCAGAACUAUCAUCAACUGGGAUAUUUUCGCUACGCUUGCCGGCUUUUGGGAAGAUUCCGCAAUGGACAACAUCGACGAGGAAUAUGACCGGCUUGUUGAACACCUUCACGACUGCUCGAAGAAGGCUGAGAGUUUUAAAACCACCAAGAGACGCCUGUCUCUUGAAACUCUUAAGCUGAUACGCCAGCGUAGAGCAGCACGAGCCGCAGAGAACCAAGAACUCACGCCCGAGCUCGCAAGGGUUUGCAGAGAGGCGAUAAAGGAAGACCUUAAAGAGAGAAGAGCAGAAGUGCUGGCUGAAGCUGCAGAGACGGGGAAAAGCAUCCGCAGCCCGUCGAGACUUCGCCAGUCGCUACACAAUGAUGACUGCUCUCCGGAACCCAAAGGGAACAGCCAUUGCAUCGAGAAGGGGGAUGGAGAAAAUCAUCUACGACUUCUAGUCUGA